AUUCGUUUUGAUGACAACAAACACCGUUUUGUAGAGUCGUCUGAACAUGUGUUGUUUUUAACAAUUUCAUAUUACGAGUGGUUACAUUAUGUUCUUAAAUUAAAUUUUUAUCUUACUCUUAGAUUCUUAAGUUUUCCAUAAUGUCAGAAAAAUCUUGUAGUCGAAUAUUUACUGGUUGCAGAGUUUUAGGUUAUGUUAGUACACAUGUGCCAUUUGUAGCUCGAUUUAUCAAAAGACGUGGAGAAACUCUUCUUUGUACGAGCAUAGGCAAGUGGUUUCAUACAUACGGAUGUGAUAAAUUCCGACUCUUGAGUAUCAGUGGUGAACAUCCCGGACCAAUAACAUGUAUGAGCGGCGAUAACUUUCAUGUAUAUACAGCUAGUGAAAAUAAUAUUUUUGCUUGGCGACGAGGCUGUGAACUGAAACAUGUCUAUAAAGGUCACAAUGCGUCAGUCCAUUUACUGAUGCCAUUCGGUGAGCACUUGAUUUCAAUAGAUGAAGGGAAUGUGCUUAAAUUAUUUGACAUUAAGGAUGAAAGUGAAUUUUUAGAGUUGUUAUUUGAUGUCAAUCAAUUUAAAAUAACAACCUUAUGUCAUCCACCUACAUACUUAAAUAAAAUUCUAUUGGGAAGUCAUCAAGGCCAAUUGCAGUUGUGGAAUGUUCGUACCUCUAAAUUGAUAUUCACAUUCAAAGGAUGGAAUUCACCUAUAAGUGUUGUAGAGCCUGCUCCUGCUGUUGAUGUUGUAGCAGUUGCCUUAGCUAAUGGGAAAGUUAUAUUACACAAUUUACGUUAUGACCAGAAAAUUGUAGAAUUUGUCCAUGAUUGGGGGCAUGUGAGUAGUUUAUCGUUUAGGUUAGAUGGAGCACCUGUUAUGGUAACAGGGAGUUCUGAAGGGCAUAUAGUAAUGUGGGAUCUAGAAGAGAGAAGAGUGAUGUCCCAAAUACAGUCGGCCCAUUCUGCUUCCAUAGCUGGUUUACAAUGUUUGAUGUCUGAACCUUUAAUGGUCACUAAUUCAGAAGACAACUCUCUAAAGUUAUGGAUUUUUGAUAUGCCAGAUGGAGGAGCAAGGCUUCUUAGGAGAAGGGAAGGUCACGCUUUACCUCCUAAUCUGGUUACACAUUGUGAACCCACUGGUCAAAACAUGUUAGUGGCGGGCCAAGAUAGGAGUCUCCACAUAAUGAAUACUGUAACUGAAACAUUUAACAAAAGUAUGGGAAAAGCUUCUUAUAAUAGGAAACUAUCAAAGAAGAAACAUAGACUUGAAAAAGAUAAACAUGCUAUGCCAGCAAUAACUAAACUUAGUUCUUGUAUGCAAAGAGACAAGCAAUGGGACAGUAUUGCUUCUAUACAUAGAGGAAAAUAUAUUGUGACGACAUGGUCAUACAAUAAGAUUCGAAUGGGUGACCACAAACUGAUACCACCAAGUUUUCCAAAAGGCACUGAAGCAACUUGCCUUAUUGUUACACAUUGUGGGAAUUUUGUCAUUGUAGGUUAUAGCAAUGGUCAAGUUCAUAAAUUUAAUAUGCAGUCAGGCUUACACAGAGGUAGUUAUGGCCAAGAAAAGAAAUUGGCACACAAAGGAGCUGUGAGAGGAGUGGAAACUGAUAUUUGUAAUCAGAGGCUAAUAACUGCAGGGGCUGAUGAUAAAUUGAAGUUUUGGCGUUUUAAGACAGCUACAACUCCAUAUCAUGUAAUGAGUCUAGAGGAAUCUGUUACAAUGACUAAAUUAAAUAGAGACAGUGGUUUACUGGCUCUAGCUAAUGAAGAUUUUUCUAUAACCAUUGUUGAUAUUGACACUAUGAAUGUGGUAAGAAAAUUUGAAGGUCACCUUGGUAAAAUUAACUGCAUCGACUUUGAUCCUCAAAGCAGGUGGCUCAUAAGUACAUCUAUGGACUGUACGAUUUGCGUUUGGGAUAUACCAAGUGCUCAAUUAGUGGAUAUUUUUUCUGUGGAAAGACCCUGUACAUCCCUAAGUAUGUCGCCUACGGGAGAUUUUUUGGCGACAACUCAUGUUCAUGAACUUGGAGUUUUUCUUUGGGCCAACAGAUUAUUAUACGAGCGGGUUUUCCUCAAACCCAUUGAUAGAAACGCAGUUGAAGUGCCAAAACUGAAAUUGCCAAGUACGAUUCCCGAAAAACCAGACUUGGAUGAAUUGGGAUUGAUCGAUCUCGGAGAAGAACCCGAAUAUAAAUCUCCCGAGCAAAUUAGUCAGGAAUUAAUUACGUUGUCGAAUCAACCGACCUCGAGGUGGCUCAAUCUAUUGAACCUAGAUAUUGUAAAACGUAGAAAUAAACCGAAAACACCGUUCACUGUACCUAAAUCGGCUCCAUUCUUUUUACCAACAAUACCAAGUUUAGAACUAGAAUUCGAUUUAGAGAAAGAGAACAUUGGUAAUGGAGAAACUAAACUGUUAAUACCUGAUACUCUUUCUACAUUAUCAGUGUUUGCAAAAAAAUUGGUCAGUUGUGAAGAUCAAGAUUACAGUGAAUGUAUAAAUAAGUUAAAGACUUUAGCUCCGUCUGCUAUCGAAGCUGAAGUUAAUAGUAUGUCGCCUGAUGUCGGUGGCUCUGUGGAAGUCAUGAAAAAAUUCUUAGAAAUGUUACGGGCGAUGCUCGAAAGUAAUAAGGAUUUUGAAUUAGCGCAAUCGUAUUUGAGUUUGUUUCUGAAAACACAUACUAAAACUAUUUCUGGCAGUCUGGAGCUCAGGAAUACGCUUAAUUGCAUAGAAGAAACGGCAGCGAAAUCGUGGUCAAGAUUGCAGAGUCAUCUGUUGUAUAAUAUAUGUGUUGUAAAAGCCUUAAAAGAUAUGUAAUAAAAAAUAAUGAAUGAGUCACGU